GUAUGUCCAGUCCCCUUAUGAUGGUAAUGGUCUGUGCAUUAUCAAAGCGUAGCAUGAUAUUACAACCGGAUAUACCACCCUAUAAUGAAAUCGCAGCACCGCCCGGUGCACUCGGUGCUGCAGCUGCCCAAGCGUCAUCAACCGGUGCCUUAAUGGUUCAUCAAACUUCAGCGUCGUCGUUCUCAUCGUCAAAAUAUCAACAGCCACAGUCGCAACCACAAACCCAACAACAACAACAACAUCUAUCGGCAUUGGCCUCAACGAAAAGCAUUCAACAGAAUAAUAUAAUUAUUGCCAAUCCCGGUCUGAGUUACGAUGAUGUCCUCAAUGAGGAUUUUCAAUUCGACAUGGAUGGCCAUGAUGUGAUGGUAUUUUUGCAUAUCCAGAAAACGGGUGGUACUUCAUUUGGUCGUCAUUUAGUACAUGAUUUGGAUUUAAAGCGUCCCUGCGAAUGUCAACGUCAGCGCAAACGUUGCUACUGUUUCCGUCCACAUCGCAAUGAGAAUUGGCUUUUCUCCCGCUAUUCAACCGGUUGGAGAUGUGGCCUACAUGCCGAUUGGACCGAGCUGACAAGUUGUGUCGAUCAGGUCUUGGAUAAAAACGAGGGAGAAUCGGCGAAAAGAAGAUAUUUCUAUAUAUCACUAAUACGAGAACCUCUCGCCCGUUAUAUGUCCGAAUAUCGUCACGUAAAGCGUGGUGCAACAUGGAAAAAUUCCCGCCAUUGGUGUUUGGGUAGACAAGCUACACAGAAAGAAUUACCACCCUGUUAUAAGGGUGAUGAUUGGUUGGAUGUAACCAUUGAUGAAUUUGCCGGAUGCGAAUCGAAUUUGGCAACAAAUCGUCAAACACGAAUGUUGGCCGAUUUGGCCUUAGUUGGAUGUUAUAAUAAAUCUGCCAUGCCAGCUCACGAACGGGAUCGUGUAAUGUUGGCCAGUGCCAAGCGAAAUUUGGCCUCAAUGGCCUAUUUUGGUUUGACAGAGUAUCAGAAGAUCUCUCAGUAUAUCUUCGAGGAGACAUUCAAUUUACGCUUUGCCAUUCCAUUUGAGCAGCACAAUAACACCUUAUCCGUUUCGGCCAUACACAAUCUGAGACCGGAUCAAAGGCGAAAAAUAGAAGAAUUAAAUAAUUUAGAUAUAGAGCUAUAUGCGUUUGCCAAAAAUUUAUUAUUCGAAAGAUUCGAACAUUUAAAAGCACGAGACAACGAUUUUGAAAAACGAUUUGCAAAUCUGGGUAAUAUCUACUAUAAGCAGGGUGUUACCGAAUUCAAUUGGGAUAGUAAUAUCGAUGAGACCGUAAGUACAGAGCACUGAAG